ACUUCACCACCCCUUUCCUCUUCUUUUCUCCCUCUUCUUCCAAGAACCUUCUCUCUCCACACACACACACACACACACACACACAUGGAAGAAGACUGGUUCCAUGGGAAGAUGGGAUUGGUUGCAACAACAAAUCCAUCACCAAACCCCUCUCAGAAGUGACAAAAAAAAGAUUAGCCAAAAACGACGACUCAGACCCUAAUAAUUACUCCUAGGGAGUACUAUUAAUUUAAAACCCACCCGCGUACCAGCUUUAUUUGUCAAUAUUGGAUUCUUCUAUCAUUUCCUAUCUAAUAAUUAAACCAUGAGAGGGAUUCAGCAACCACCACCACCACCGCCCGCCGCCGCCGGCUCCACCACCAAUCGGAACAACCCACGGCGGCGGCGCCCCGACCUCACCCUCCCCCUACCCCAACGCGACACCUCCCUCGCCGUCCCCCUCCCCCUCCCUCCCAGCUCCGCCCCCGCCUCCUCCUCGUCCUCAACCCAGCUCCCCUCCAUCACCAGCCAGGUGAACUUCUCCGACCUCGACCGGAUCAACCGAAUCGGGUCCGGCUCGGGCGGCACGGUCUACAAGGUCCUCCACAGACCCUCCGGCAAGCUCUACGCCCUGAAAGUGAUCUACGGCCACCACGAGGACUCCGUCCGCCGCCAGAUCUGCCGUGAGAUCGAGAUUCUCCGCGACGUCGACAACCCCAGCGUCGUCAAGUGCCACGACAUGUUCGACCACAACGGCGAAGUCCAAGUCCUCUUAGAAUACAUGGACGGUGGGUCCCUCGAAGGAAGCCGAAUCCACGACGAGCCAUCCUUGUCCGAUUUCACCCGCCAGAUCCUCUCGGGGCUCUACUACCUCCACCGCCACAGAAUCGUCCACAGAGACAUCAAGCCCUCCAACCUCCUCAUCAACUCUCGCAAGCAGGUGAAGAUAGCAGAUUUCGGAGUGUCCAGAAUCCUAUCCCAGACGAUGGAUCCGUGCAAUUCUUCGGUGGGGACGAUCGCGUACAUGAGUCCUGAACGGAUUAAUACGGAUUUGAACCACGGGAAGUACGAUGGGUACGCGGGGGAUAUUUGGAGCUUGGGGGUUUCUAUACUGGAGUUUUAUUUGGGCCGGUUUCCGUUUGCGGUGAGCCGGCAGGGGGAUUGGGCCAGCCUCAUGUGCGCGAUCUGCUUGUCGCAGCCGCCCGAGGCGCCGCCUACGGCGUCGAGGGAGUUUCAGGAUUUCAUCGCGUGUUGUUUGCAGAGGGAUCCGGCCAGGAGGUGGACUGCCCUGCGAUUGUUGAGCCACCCUUUCAUAAUACAAAACGCCGGCGCAGCCAAUAAUCAGAACAAUCAGGUUCAUCAGCCUCACAACCUACCACCUCCGCGUCGAUAUUUUUCUUCUUCUUGAAUGAUAUCUUUGUUGUUUUUUUAUUUCUGGGUUUAUCGAAUUGUGUAUUUUCCAUAUGAUGGGGUGGGGUGGGGAAGGUGGUUCGAGAGGGAAGGAAAUCUGUUGCGUUGAGGGUUCCAAUCAAUGAAUGGAUAUUCUCUAAUGAUAAUGUUUGCCAGGAACAAAGGGGUAAUUUUGGCUCAACUCUUUGGGGGUAAAACGUGUUUUUCCCCAAGAGGUUGGAAUUUCCAGAUUGGAUUUGGGGAAAUGGAUUUCUGGCAACUGAAUUUCUUUACUA